AUGGAUGAUUUCCUCUCCAUUAGUCUGCUGUCUCUGGCUAUGUUGGUGGGAUGUUACGUGGCUGGAAUCAUCCCCUUGGCUGUUAAUUUCUCAGAGGAGCGCCUGAAACUGGUGACUGUCUUGGGUGCUGGUCUUCUCUGUGGAACAGCAUUGGCGGUCAUCGUGCCUGAAGGAGUGCAUGCCCUUUAUGAAGACAUUCUUGAGGGGAAACACCACCAAGCGAGUGAAGCACAGAGCGUGAUUGCCUCGGACAAGGCUGCGGAGAUCUCAGUCCAUGAGCACAAGCACAGCCGCGGCCACACGCAGCUGCAUGCCUUCAUCGGUGUCUCCCUUGUGCUGGGCUUCGUCUUCAUGCUGCUGGUGGACCAGAUCGGCAGCUCCCACACACACUCGGCGGAUGAUCCAGAAGCAGCAAGGUCUAGCAACUCCAAGGUGACCACCACGCUGGGGCUGGUCGUACAUGCUGCAGCUGAUGGCGUGGCUCUGGGAGCGGCAGCUUCUACUUCACAGACCAGUGUCCAGUUGAUUGUGUUUGUAGCCAUCAUGCUACAUAAGGCGCCGGCAGCUUUCGGGCUGGUCUCCUUCCUAAUGCACGCAGGCCUGGAGCGGAAUCGCAUCCGAAAGCACUUGCUGGUGUUCGCAUUGGCAGCGCCAGUCAUGUCCAUGGUUACGUACUUAGGACUAAGCAAGAGCAGUAAGGAAGCCCUUUCUGAGGUGAAUGCCACUGGAGUGGCCAUGCUUUUCUCUGCUGGGACUUUUCUUUAUGUCGCCACAGUACAUGUCCUCCCUGAGGUGGGCGGAGCGGGGCACAGCCACAGGCCUGAUAGUGCCGGGGGCAGAGGCCUUGGCCGCCUGGAGGUAGCUGCCCUGGUCAUGGGCUGCCUGAUCCCACUUGUCCUGUCGGUGGGACACCAGCACUAGACGUCCAGGUCCAGCUUCUACCCACAUGAUGACAGCCAGCAAGAACCACGGCAUGGGACAGCCACUCACCCCUCUGUCUCUGUCUGCCUCGCCCAUCUCCAUGUGUACUCCCAGAGCCCAGAAUGAGGGAGAGGAAGCCUGGAGUCUCGGAGCGCUUUUAUAGUAGAAACAGCACACUGCGACUAGCCUAGACAUUUCCUGUGUUGUCUCUUAAAGGGCCCUCGGUAUUUUGAGUUUUGAUGUUUCUCUUAACCCUAUUCUCAGGGAAGAUGAAAUCUGACUUAAGGAAAAGUGGAGAACUCACACCCACAAUGAAAUAGUAAUCACGAACAUGCAGUGUUCUAUAAUCAGCCAAAUCUCUUUCCCUUUUUUCAGAGGCUCUGCCCCUUCCUCUAUGGACACUUGACAUGGUUCUCACUGGUGAGACUGGUGCUUUGUGUGUGCUGCACGCCUUGAGGGAGGGAGGGCAGAGCCAGCUCUCAGACACUAAAGGAGGUGCAACUGAUCUAGGACUUGAGUCAGGAAGAUGGCAGCAAGACACACUGAAGCUGACUAUACUCAAAAGCUCUGUCCUUGGCAAGGAUAAGAGAGACUUGUACCCUCCUGGUGCACAACUUCUCUGGACACAGCAUACAGGUCCAUGUGGCAGAGCCCAAGGUGGGCCCAUCUCUGAGGACGUGACUCUUGCUGUAGCAUUUCUUGUCAAGAUCCCCUUUGCAGAAUCCCUACCUCCAACACAUUCUCCAAGUGGAGCAAGAUCCAGGAGGUUCAGGCCUGGUGUUCCUUCAGGGACCGUUGGAUCUUUGGAAAUUAAGGGAUAUUAGAGUUAAAGUGAACUUGGCUAGUUGUUGACAUCUUUGUAGUAACCUUUUUAAAAGUAAGACUAGCAAAAUUUCUGUGGUCCCUGUUUUUAAGUAUUUCUCUCAGCAGGUCAGCAGUCCUUCUGGCUGAGCAUGUGGGCAACUCGGGGACUGCGGUGUCUGCUCAUGUGACCACCUAGAGCAGUGAAGUCAAGAUGGACGCACUGGGAGGCAUUUACCUGGUGAUCACGGCUUGUUGAGAUCAUCUUUUGUCUUGGGUCUUUCCGUGCUUUUCUCCUAACUUUCCCUCCAGUCCCCUCUCCAUAACUUGCUACUCGCUGUGGGUGUUAAUGUCUGUGUGAGAUGAAUCCUUAGCAGGACAACCACUUGUCAAACUGCGAUGGCGAAAAUGACAGUGUCUUCAUUUAUGUCCCAUUCAGAGAAGUUACCUUCCUAUCGGAGGCAGCCUCGUUCCCUUAGAACAUGGCCUCCUCAGAUAUGGUUGACUAAUUUAAACAAGAUAGCAAGAGUGUUCAACAGUCUAGGGGAAUUUUUACAUAUUUGCCAAAUAUGUGUAAACCCUGUUUUGUCAAAUAAGUGUAUAAUACUGUAUUAUUAAUUUAUUUUGAUUUUCUGUUCCAUUUCAAAACACAUUACAUUAAGGGGG